AUGGAAAAGAAGAGACCCAGAGAUGAUUCAUCGGCUGCCCCCCGAUCCAAGGCUUUCAAGUUCAAUGCUCACACCCUGAGGAAGCUACAGGCUGCGGUCGACGAGAACCCAGUGGUCGACUUCGUUACAAAGUUGCCUAUUGAUUACUCCGUGCGGCUUAAACAGAUGUGGAAAUUCUCGCAGAUCAGGUUGACGAAAACCAUCCGUGGCAGUAAACUCACCGCGGAUAUUAGUGAAGGCGCUACGAAGGAAGGGACAUGA